CGCACAUACCAUACAUUACAUGGCUGAAGCCAUUUAAAUGCGGAGAGCCGUCGCGGGAUUUAAAGACGGCGGAGAGGAAGGGAGGAGGAGGGCGAUCCCAUGGCUGAAGCCGUGGAGGAGGAGAAGGGAUCCGCGCGGAGGCCGCGCAACGGGGAGGAGCCGUGGCGGCUGAAGGGGGGCGGCGGAGGGGGAGUGGCGCUGGAGGGUUACGUCCCGCGGCCGGGCUGGUUCGCGAGGACGAGGAGCCUGACCGACGAGGACCUGGAGGAGCUCAAGGGGUGCCUCGACCUGGGGUUCGGAUUCAGCUACGAGGAGAUCCCGGGGCUCUGCAACACGCUCCCGGCGCUGGAGCUCUGCUAUUCCCUGUGCCAGAGCGUCCGCCUGGACGAUCAUCCGGAUCGGUACCCGUCGCCUUCUUCAUCUCCCGUCGCCAAUUGGAGGUUCUCCAGCCCUGGAGAUGAUCCAAAUGAAGUCAAAGCAAGGCUCAAGUAUUGGGCACAAGCAGUGGCUUGUACUGUCAGAUUAUGCAGCUUAAAAAGGGUCAAGUCUGUGAGUUCAACCUGAUGCUGGAAGAAGCAAUAUCCAUGGAAUUCUAUUGCAGUGACUCUACUUGGUGCCACUGGGAGCACUUUUUUUCUUGCCAUGGUCCACAUUGAAGGUGGAAAUGAAGGGACACAUCAGCAAAAGAACAGGGAGAAAGAGGAGAAUGACAAGAGAGGUCCACUAUAACAAGUCUGACCUACAGACACUGUAGAGAAGAAUGACAUCUACUCUUUCUGUAUGAUAUAAAAUGAAUAAGAUGGUUAUUGAUAUGAACAGUAUGAAAUGUGGGUAUCUCAAAUUGUUCAGGCAAUCAGUUCAGUUACAAUGAAGAUAAAUAAGUCAGAAUACCUCAGCUCUUCCUUUCA